AUGUGGAAGUGGGUGCUGCUGUGCGCUGUGGCUGUAGCCCGUGCAGAGAUCGCCGAGGAGGAAGACGUCCUGGUGCUGACCAAAAGUAACUUUGACGAGGCCCUGCAAGCUCAUCCCAGCAUCCUGGUGGAAUUCUAUGCUCCAUGGUGUGGCCACUGCAAGGCCCUGGGCCCAGAGUUUGCGAAGGCUGCUGGGAUGUUGAAGGCAGAGGGCUCAGAAAUUCGCAUGGGAAAAGUUGAUGCCACCGAAGAAACAGAACUGGCCCAAGAAUAUGGUGUCAGGGGAUAUCCCACCAUCAAAUUCUUUAAGGGAGGAGACAAGUCUUCACCAAAAGAGUAUUCUGCGGGCAGACAGGCUGACGACAUGGUGACUUGGCUGAAGAAGCGCACAGGUCCCUCCGUCGCGGUGCUGGACGGAGUCACAGGAGCCGAGUCUCUCAUCGCCGACAAUGAAGUUGCCGUCAUUGGUUUCUUCAAGGACCCCAAGUCUGAAGAUGCCCUGGCCUUUGAGAAAGCAGCUGAGGCCAUCGACGACAUCCCCUUUGCCUCCACCUCAGAUGAUGCCGUUUACUCAAAGUUGGAAGUGACCCAGGAUGGUGUUGUCCUAUUCAAGAAGUUCGAUGAGCGACGCAAUACUUUUGAUGGAGAGCUGACUAAAGAAAACCUCCUGGCUUUUGUCAAGGCCAACCAGCUGCCUCUGGUCAUCGAGUUCACUGAGCAGACUGCUCCCAAAAUCUUCGGCGGUGAAAUCAAGUCUCACAUCCUCAUGUUCCUGCCCAAAGAUUCUUCAGACUUCCAAGUGAAAAUGGACCAGUUCAAGAAGGCAGCAGAAGGAUUCAAGGGCAAAAUCUUGUUCAUCUUCAUCGACAGCGAAGUGGACGAUAACCAGAGGAUCCUGGAGUUUUUCGGCCUGAAGAAAGAAGAGUGUCCCGCCAUCCGCCUCAUCACACUGGAGGACGAGAUGACCAAGUACAAACCCAACAGCGACGACAUCACAGCGGAGGGCAUCACCGAGUUCUGCACAAUGUUCACAGAAGGAAAACUCAAGCCUCACCUCAUGAGCCAAGACAUCCCCGAGGACUGGGACAAGAACCCUGUCAAAAUCCUGGUCGGGAAGAACUUUGAGGAGGUGGUCUUCAACCCAACCAAGAAUGUGUUUGUCGAAUUCUAUGCCCCAUGGUGCGGCCACUGCAAACAGCUGACUCCCAUCUGGGAUAAACUGGGAGAGAAAUUCAAGGACAACGAAGAAAUCGUCGUUGCCAAAAUGGACUCCACCGCCAACGAGAUCGAGGCGGUCAAAGUCCACAGCUUCCCCACACUCAAAUUCUUCCCAGCUGGGGACGACCGCAAGGUGGUGGACUACAACGGAGAGCGGACAUUAGAAGGCUUCAGCAAGUUCUUGGAGAGCGGUGGAAAAGAUGGAGGCGCCCCAGCUGCAGAUGACGAGGAUUUGGAUUUGGACGAUUUGGAGGACGAGCAAGAUGACGACUCUGACGGCGAGGACGAUGGACACGACGAGUUGUAA